AUGUCUCUAAACCGUUGUCUAUUCUUUGUUAAGCAGUCCUGGAGCAAUUUGAUUUUCGAGAAGAAACGAAUAUUGAUUCCAAUUAUUGUUAGUGUAGGGAUUGCUGUUAUAUGUGCGAGUGGAAGUAUUGUGACAAGUGGUAUCCAUAGAGUAUCAUUCGGAUCACUGGGAUUCAUGGAUAUUGGAGAACCUAGAGGGCUGAGAAAGAUCUUGCAUCGAGUCUUUUAUAUAUUCCCGAUUUGUUCAGCAAUUUGUUAUCUUGUUCUCUUUUAUCAUUUACAUCAAAGAAGGAAAGAUGUUCUAACCAAAAAUAGAUCCAUUAAAAAUUCAAAUCAAGGCGAACACAACGUGUUUGUUCAGCUGCUGAUAACAGUGAUAUUCUACGGGGUGUUGUCUGUGGUGUCUGAGGUGCUGGAAUUCAUUAACUUGCUUGACUAUAACGAUCUUCAAUUCACAUUGAUUCCACUUUAUAAUAUCUUCAACUACCUCCCAGAGAUAUCUUUACCAUUUAUGUUGGUUCUCAAUAACUGGAAACCAAAGAGGAGAGUAGCUGUCUUCGUGACACCAACUAUAAGCACUCAAUCAAAAGUAUCGGAGAGGAUCCCGGCUAAAUAG